AAACCCACCCAAAAUGAAGACUCUGCUGAUCGUUGCCCUUAGCCUGUGCCUGUUGGGUGUCACCGUUGCCCAUCCUCAGCUGUUGACCUCGCUGACCGGACUUGUCUCUAGUACCCUGUCCAGCGUCGUGGGUGGUCUGCUGUCCACCGUCUCCGGCUUGACCAGCCAAAUCAACAGCGCGUUGUCCACCGCUAUCUCCACUGGCAAUUCCGCGUUGACCUUGGCCCUGGCUCAAGCCCAAGCCGCUACACAAACUGUCCAAUCCACUGUGAACAGUGUUCUCAGCAAUGGACUGUCUGGUCUCAGCUCUAGCCUUACCGCGCAGCUCAACAGCCUCACUUCGCAGCUGUCUAGUGCUACCAGCACCCUGGACUCCAUCGUCGGACAGGUCGUGGCCGCCGGAAGCUCCGUCCCGUCGACUCUGAUCGACCAACUGAACUCCGCCACUGCCAACGUGACCAGCCUCGCCGCUUCUGCUGCUACGCAAGUCACGUCCCUAGUUAGCUCAGCUCCAGGCCUUCUGGGCGGUCUGCUGAACGGUCUUCUGGGAUGA